AUGGAUAAAAAUACAACAAUCAAAUUGGACCCAAUGCGUGUAACGUUGGCGGAUAUACAAAGAGGGAUUAUACAAAACAAGCAGCUGGAGGAUUUUAAAACAUUUGCGGCGACAACACUACAAUGCGGCCGCUCCUUGAUCGGCUCCGCCAAACGCCAGCCUAAGCAUAUUAAGGUGACACUGCGUAAGACCAGCGAAAUACUGCUCUUCGAAAUGCGCAGCCUCACCGCCUUGGCCGACACCGAAGAGGGCAGAGCGGUAGCUGAGGACAAUGAACGAUAUGAGUUUUUAACAUCCGCGCAGGGUAGGCGGCGGCGCACUAUUGACGCAGAGGCGCAAACAACGGCGCUACUCUUGAAGAGCCGCGACGUCAACACCGAGCGUAUACGCACCGACCAUAUGGCUUCGUAUGUGUCGAAUUUUGAAAUGUUCGAUACCUACAAGGAUUUGCAAAGCACAACAAAGAGUGUUGAAUUAGGUGAGCAUAAGAAAAUGGAGAUCACCACCUACCAAGUGGAGGGCAAGGAUACUUUCAUCGAUAUUAAUCGGCAGGAAAGCUUCCGUUUGGCGCUUAUGUUAACCAUGCGUGUGCUCGCUGGGAAUGUAUUUGAGCAGCAACAGCGUCGUUUUCGUAAUAUGCGCCUGCCAGAUCCGUUGGCAGCUCAAGUGAGCUACCGCUAUCGCGUUGAAUUGCUGUGGCGCUAUCAAUUGCCACACGAGCUGGCCGGUGAUGAAAGGAAGGCCGCCGCUGAUCUCUGUUGGUGUCCGCGGAAUGGUGAUAUACUCGCGGUGGCUUAUGGUGUCUACAGCUUUAGAGAUGACAAUGCAAAGGCGGAUGGUUGUGUUUGCAUUUGGACUAUAAAAAAUCCCGUCAACCCGGAAAGAUACUAUAAAUAUGAAAUACCCGUUAUGACUGUUGAAUUUUCACCGCACCAUCCACAAUUGUUGGCUGUCGGCUUGUCGGACGGCACAAUUCAAGUGCUCGACAUAACCAAGCUGGACAAGGCCACUGUGGCGGUCACAGAUCGUCGUUCGUUGCAUAAUUGCGAACCCAUUGUAGCUAUUAAAUGGAUCUCACGUAGUGAACGGAUCUGUGAAAAGUACGCCAUUGAACCAUUCUUGGCGCUCUCACGUGACGGCUCUGUAACCAAAUAUAGCAUUAUUAAUAGCCCGAAAUUGCUGGCGACAAAGUUACUUUUAUUGAACCGCAAUGCAGCUCAACCUGAGGGUUUACAGCUUGAGCAUUCGUACGAGCUGCUGCAGGCCAAUCGCCAUCCACAGGGACUGAACCUUUGCUUGAGCCCCGCUCAGACGGAUGUCUAUUAUGUUCUAACCGAUGAGGGUUGUCUACAUAAAUGCUCAACACAUUAUCCCCAACAAUAUUUAACGGUUUUGCAAGUGCAGGAGGCUGCCGCUAAUGCAAUGCACUUUUCGCCUUGGUCACCGAAACUCUACCUGACUUGCGGUAAUGAUUGGUCAGUAAAUAUCUGGUUGGAUGGCAUUUUACAGCCAAUUAUCACCUUAAAACAUCAUGAAGGCCCCAUACACUGCGCCUACUGGAGUCACACGCAUUCCACGAUUAUUAUCUCGCUGAGCCGGAACUCCGUGGAUAUUUGGGAUAUUAAACGAAGCAUUUUGAAGCCAAUGUCAUCGACUAGCAUUAACGGCGAACAUUAUACGAGUUGCAAAUUAUCGCUCUGUGGUCGUUCGUUGGCUGUUGGCAAUGAAGCUGGUAAUGUGUUAAUGCUUGCUUUCGAGGACAUGCCAUUUCCGGCCUACUACCAAUAUGAUCAGCUGGAGAAAGCGAUUUACAGUCUGGUUUCUAACGAAAAGGAGAUGGCAUACAAAGUGAAGAGUCUUGGAUUCUUUGGUUACGCGGAACAUGUGAGAUAUCAACCAAAAAAGCGACAUAGAAGAUGUAAGAAUAUUCCAAAGGAACCACAUUUAACGGAUGAAAAUUAAAAUUACGCUUAUUUCAGAGCAUUUAAAAUAAGUAAUAAAGAGAUAUUGUAUUGUGUGUUUUACACCAGUA